AUGCAGCUGUUGAAAUCCGCUUUCAGGACCGAGCAGCAGGCGGACGGCGCCCCGGGGCUCGUACCGCCAGGCGGACGGCGGGCGGGAAGGAAGAGCCUCGCACACACCGCCGGAGGAAACGCCCUCCGCUCGGGCUCGCCCACGCCCGCCCCGAGCCGAGCGUGGAGGAGGAAGAGGUCUGGGGCGAUGCUGCCGGGACUGGGGCGGGCGGUGCGGAGUCUGCCGUCUGGCGACGGGCUGCUCCGGCUGCUGGUGGGCGGCCGGGCGGCGCGGGGCAGAGAGGAUGACCGCCCGACCCUCUCGGAGCCUCAGGUACAGCUCUGGAGGCACGCUGGGACCUGGGCACGGCGGGAAGGAGCCUGCUACAGCAUGCUGGUGCCCUCUGAUGAAGUAACUAUUAAUUACAGGCAUGGUCUUCCCAUGAUAACUCUGACAUUGCCUACAAGAAGAGAACGCUGCCAGUUUGCGGUUAAACCAGUGGUAGCCACAGUGGGGGCAUUUCUGCAGGAUGUACAGAGAGAAGAUAAAGGAAUUGUGAAAGCAGAAGUCUUUGCAAUAGAUGGUAGCAAGGUCUCUGAUGCAACCUUGAUGGAGGUCUUACUGAUGAAUGAUUUUAAGCUUGUUAUCAACAACACAACGUACAGUGUGUCAACUCCUGUAAAAGAUAAGCUGAGUAGUGAGCAUGCUACUGAAAUGGAAGAUAUCAGAUCCCUGGUUCACAGACUGUUUGUGGCUCUGCAUUCAGAAGAUCACCAGAUCAAGAAAGAGAGAGAAUUGCUACAGAAACUGGACCACCUGAAAGAACAGCUGAUGCCUCUUGAACAGAUGAAAGCCAGAAUUAUGGACAGUGCCGAUGCAAAGACCUCCAGGCUUCUAUGGGUUGGUUUAGCUUUGAUGUCAAUGCAAGGUGGAGCGUUGGCAUGGCUCACGUGGUGGGUCUAUUCGUGGGACAUCAUGGAGCCGGUCACAUACUUCAUCACCUAUGGGAGUGCCAUGGCUUUCUAUGCCUACUUUGUCCUUACUAAACAGGACUACAUUUACCCUGCUGCCAAAGACAGGCAGCUCCUCCACUACUUCUACCAGAAAUCCAAAGCCCAGCAUUUUAAUGUGGAACAAUACAACAAGCUAAAAGAAGAACUUGCAGAGGCAGAAGAAUCUUUGAAGCGUUUGCGCCAGGCUCUGCACCUCAGACUUCCAAUCCAGGAAAUUACUAACAAGGACUGACUUUGUUUUGGUGUACGUUAGAAUUGUCUUUUCAGAGUUGAUAGGAACAUUUAAUUACUAUACAGAAACUUGCUAUUUUUGACCGCUAUAAUUUUGAAAGUUACAAUAAAUAUUUAUAAAAAUGA